GGCCUAAUGUGGUCCCCCUCAGUUAAGGACUUCCAGGGUGGUGGAUAUUGGCCUGGCACCUUAAAUUUCUGCACCCUGUUUUCAAUGGAUGUCUUUCAGUCUUUCUAUGACAUUAAGAAGCUGCAGCAGGGAUGUCACUUAAGGCCUUUGUCAAAGUGCUGGAUGAACGAACAGCCCAUUUUGGAAGGACUGGCCGAAUAUCAGCUGAUGCCUUCAGCAAAAGUUUCUUGGAGUGGAGUGCUGUAAAGUUUGAGGUGGACAGGAUGUGCAAGGAGCCAUGCUUUAGCUGCCCUGCCUGCACUCCAGACAUGCUCGCCGUCUCAGUUGAUGGAAACUGCAAGCUUUAUCGCUUUCAAUCAAAUGCAAGCACUUCAGAGCAGGGGAACUUUGAAGGUGUCUUCAUUGAGAAAGAUGAGGAAGUUGCUGAGUUUGUGAAAUACAUCCAGAGACACACAAAUGAUAUCAAAUGGGGAGGUGCGUUUCAGGAUGGGGCCAGUUCUACAGUUGGAGAAGAGGUGGAGCAAGUAAACAGUUUCCUGUCUAGGGCGGCCAUCACAACGAAGUACAUGUCUAAAGCAGGGCGAACAGACAUGCUGAGCCUCCUGGCUUUGGGCUGGAACAAAAGGAAAGUGGAACAACUGGGCCGCACUUUGAGCCAGAGAUAUCUAAAGAUCAUAAGGAUCUUUAGAGAACAAGUGGAGAGCCUGAAUGCGAGCAGAAAUGAGCUGGGUGUGGAUGACGACACACUGCAGCAGUGGGCUGAAGAAACGGAUCAAACUGAUGGCAGCCUUGGAGCGUUGCAGGCACGAGUAGAGCAGCUUGUCGUCAUCAUCAGAGUGCGAACACAAAGUCUUUACAGACAAAAUGAUAGCAACAAGAGGCGACACAGAAUUCGCAAGGUCAUCUUAGAUGAGAAGAAACGCUUGGCGGCUGCUGUUGACGACUACAACAAGGAAACAAGCAACAAAGCAAAUCGUAUCCAGUGAUGCCCUCAUGCAGACCGAUAUUUGGCCCUGGCAGAGCACAAGUGAACCUGCUGCUGACCUCCGGACAAAGAGAAAGGUCUUUGAGAAGGUGAUGGCUGUGAGGC